GCAAAUUGGAAUCCAUCAAACGUGUUGUUAAUAGCGCUUAAUGGACUUUAGACUAAAUAAAAUUUAGCGAAGUGAGCGCUUCGAUUGUUUUAACAUUGCUAAGUAAACACGGUGAGGUUAUCGGGCGUCCGUAAAUAAUUAUUACAUUCGUCAUUUGUCGAUUGCUUGUCGGGUAAGCAACACGAUGUUAUUUCGAUUUGAAAUGAUACCGAUAUGCGGUUUUUAGUUCUGCUUGUUUUGUCUUCGUGUGUGUGUUUGUGUGAGAACUACGAUAUGAUUGUUGGUGACACGGUGCACAGGAAGAUGGUGUUCCAUCAGAGAGUUAAGGACUUCGCGAUACCGUUCAAGAAGCGAAUUAAAACAUUGACGUAUAAUGAUGCCGAAAAGCGAAUAAUUAAGGGAAUAGCAGCAAUAGACAAUGACUUUUCCCACGCCAGCGCUAAUAUAACAGACGGGGGGGUCGGCUAUUCACACGUCACAGUAAGAAUGAAAAGCCAACGGCAUCACCCCCUCAACUUUGAAGUCGAAAUAUAUGUCUAGACUAGACUUUUGUGUACAAACUGGAUUCUCAAUGGGCUGUGUGUGAUAGAUGUAGAAGUGACUGUCGUAUUUAGUUAACAUAUAAUGCUACGAUCAGAUUGCCGUGUGAUGUUUCAGUUAAUGUGUACCUAUACCUUCUUGUCUUAAAAGAUGGUUCAAGUAUGAUGAAAGAACGUUCGUGCAUUAUUUAAGAAAUAAUAAUAUACAAUAUUGUAUUCACGUAUUCACGAAUAAGUAGGCUAUGCGACUAGACAAUACUAUUGGUAUUUUGAUAUGUGUGGUGUAGCUAUUGUUUUCUGUGGUAUUGCUAUAAUAAUAACACUAUUUCACGAUUUAUCGUCACGUCGUUUCCAUCAAAAUAAGUGUAUGAAAUAAUUGAUAUUUUAGUCCUUAUAUUUAUUAGAAAUAGUUUUAUAGACUAGUUUUUUCCUAGCUAUGCAUCAGAAUAUCUUUCUUUAAAUAUUAUUCCUGUCUAUCUGUUAAAAUAUUUUCAAUAAUUUAUGCAUAAUAAUAAAACAUAUGUAGGUAUUAGGAUUUAGUAUUGUUUAAAUUUUCUCACCGUAUCAUUUAUUUGUAAUAACCUUUAUCCUGCAUUUUAAGAUGGCAAUUCUCAAACAAUCAGGUUUCGAAAGGAAAAGCUGAACAUAUUAAGCUUUCCGAUCAUUAUAUUAUUAUAUUUCCUUCCGAUAUGCAUGGAAAUAAGGCAUUCAAUUGUGGAAUGGACAGGGAAUUUUCUCUAACCGUAAUAUAAAUAAAUGAAUUUUGAAUUUGAUUUUUUUUGAAUUUGGAAUAUAAUUAUGUCACUCUCAAGGACGUGUGUGCUUUAUUGAUAAUUAUUAUAAGAUUCUUAUUUACAUUUUCUUUAAAAUUAAAUAAAUUUCAGUUCGAAGAAUACUAUUUUUUAACAAUUAUAAUUAUUAUCUUAAACAGUACAGUGAACGUACAAAUUUUCCUACUUUUCACAUUCAUGGAAGUAAGAUAACUUAUUUAUAAACGGAAGUUAUUAAUUUGUUUGUCACGUAACUAUUGUCUCGUCUCAAUUAUUUAUAAAUAUUAUUAUUUACUAUCUACUUUAAGAUAAUGUUUGCUAAGAAUGUGUAAAUAUUGAAUAUCUUUUGUGAGAAAAUGAAAACUACGAUACGAUUGUCACGUAUUUAGUUUAAGAUAAAUUUGUUUUGUACAGCUCAAAUAAAUUAACUUUAUGAAUGUGAGAGAUUUGGAAAGAUAGGAGGAAGAAUGGAAUGGUGUAUUGUUACUUUAAUAAAGCUAUAUAAGUGAAGAA